AUGACUCGCCUCCUCAUCGUCCUCCUCGGUGCCGCAUUACCGCUGCUCUUCUCCCUUUCAGAGGGGGGCGAGUUGGGCGUGUGCUAUGGGAGGGUGGCGACUGACCUGCCGGAUCCGGCGUCCGUGGUGCAACUGCUCAAGAAGAACAACAUCACCAUGGUGAGGAUCUACGACACCGACCCCACGGUGCUGCGCUCGCUGGCCAACACCGGCAUUAAGGUGACGGUGGAGCUGACCAACGAGGAGCUGCCGCUUGCGGCGGCCGACGAAAAUAAUUUCGCGCUCCAGUGGGUGCAGAGCAACGUGAAGGCCUACUACCCGUCUACGCUGAUCAAUGCGGUGAUGAUCGGGAACGAGGUGUUCAAAGAGGCUAGUCACCUAAACUCUCAGCUCGUCCCAGCCAUGAAGAAGGUGCAGGCGGCGCUGGUGAAACUGGGCCUGGCGGACGCCGUGAAGGUGAGCACGCCCAUCGCGUUUGACGCACUCCAGACGUCAUUCCCGCCAUCCGCCGGCGCCUUCAAGGACGACAUCGCGCUGUCAGUGAUGAGUCCCAUGCUCGACUUUUUCCGACAGACCGGUUCGUACCUCUCGGUGAACCUCUACCCAUACCUCGCGUACCUGAGUACUCCGGGCAUCUCCAUCAACUAUCUCUUGUUCCGCCCAAACGCCGGCGUGAAUGACACCGUCAGCGGGCAAACGUACUUCAGCCUCUUUGACGCCCAACUUGACGCAGUCUACUAUGCAAUGGAGAAGUUGCCAUCCUCCAGCCUUCGCGCCGGGGGGAUGAGGAAGCUCACAGCAGGGCCCGAUAUAACCACAGAAGCGCGAGUUUCAGAGGGCAGUCAGCCAAACCAGGGAAAUCAUGACGUGGGAACCCCACAAAACGCCCAAGAUUUCAUGGCUGGUCUCACCAGCCAGGUGCUGCAGGGUACCCCCGCCGUAAAUGGAAACAGCCCGCUGGCUGCCAGCGCCGUCCGCGGCACCCCGCACCGUCCCAACACCGAUCUCAACGUGUACAUCUUCGCACUCUUCAACGAGAACAGCAAGCCGGCGGACGAGCAGAACUUUGGGUUGUUCUACCCGAACCAGCAGCCCGUGUACCCGAACCCGAUCGACUUCGUUCAUGGCGGCACCAUCGGCGGGCCCGUGCGUGCGAGCUAUUGCGUGGCGAACGCGGCGGUCGGGGAUGCGGCCUUGCAGGAGGCGCUGGACUACGCGUGCGACAACGGGGCGGACUGCAGCGCCAUCCAGCCAGGCAAGCCCUGCUUCGAGCCCGACACCAAGCUGGCGCACGCGUCAUACGCCUUCAACGACUACUACCAGAAGAAGGGCCGGGCCAGCAGCGCCUGCGACUUCAGCGGCGCCGGCACCAUUGUCAGCCAGGCACCAUCAGGUGCGUGCGACCCGAGCCCGAGCUGGUGCGUGGCUAACGCGGCGGUGGGCGAGGCUCGGCUUCAGAUGGCCCUUGAUUACGCGUGCGGGCACGGCGGCGCGGACUGCACGGACAUCCAACCCGGAGCACGGUGCUUCGACCCCGACACCAAGGCCGCGCAUGCGUCCUUCGCAUUCAACGACUAUUACCAGCGGCGUGGCCGGGCCACCGGAACGUGCGACUUCGCCGGCGCCGGUAACAUUGUCCGGCAGGCACCAAAGAUCGGCAACUGCGUGCUGCCGUCAACGGCCUGA